CUUCAAGAUCCACCUCGAGAAAGAAAUCCUGACUGAUUCAAUCUUAAUCAUUUUGGCAAUGGCAGCCACUUCCAUGGGACCAUUUAUUUCAAAGUUACACUCUGAACCCAGCAGAAACCUCACACCUCCUGCUGUUUCACAUGUAAGCUACUGGCUAUCACAGGGCUGAGAUGAUCUAACCUUUGUCAAGGCUCUGAGCAGCCUCUUUGGAGUUUAAACACUGAAGUGAGAAGUACCUAAACCUUGUUAGAAAGAAUCCAUUAUCUUCAUCCCAUGUAAAUUUAGAGCACUUUGACCACUAGUGGAAAGAGCUGCUUUCAAGACACUGCUAAAGAAUUAUUCAUCCUAUUAAUUUCCUGAGGUAAUUAUGACUCUACCAACCUUGUUUCAAAUAGGUAGUUACUGCACAAAACCACUCAGCUGAUGGGUAACCUCUGUGGUUAUUAGUUUGCAGCAUUAUAGGUCACCAUUCCCCCCAAACAAGGUGUGCCAUUAGCUUCACUGUGAAAAGAAACACAGUGCAUUUAGGGGUUUCCUUUCAGCCUGACACCCUCAUUCCCUAUUUCAAUGAAAUGUGACUGUGGGCCAAGUCUGGGACACUAGCCAGCACAGUGCAGCUGUUGCACUGGGACAGUUCACUGGUGACACUGUAUGACCAAAGGGCCAGUGUCUCACUCUGAGUAAUGGUAAAUUAUCCAAACAAAUUAACCAUGGCUGUUACCACUUCUGCACCUUUCCCUUCCAAGAGAAACAACAGGCCUUUCUCAUCUCCUGGGCCCACUGCUGAAGGCUGUCUUGUUUCCUUCUGUUUCACAAAUGUAGCUAGAGUUUGAUCCAAACAAAACAGUUCCCCUCCAGACAAGGACAUUCUUUCCAUCAAAUACAAAUUUCUGGAGAAAAAUACCCUUCAGACAGUCAAUCUUUCAACUAACUUGCUGCUUGUAGGGAAAAUGUAUGAGGACAUGAGACCUACUUUAUAAGUUUUCAAUGCUUUCCAUGCUAAAUGCAACAGCAUCAUACCUGAGAGUAGGCAGAGUAUUCCAUAAAGUCACCUAGAAAAGAGAUUGCAAUUGUGCAGCUAUCUUGCAACCUAAGAUGCCAUAGAGGAGUCAGAGAUUGGAAUUUUCUGGAAAAUCAGGAAAAGCAGGUUGAGCAAACAGCAUUGGACAGAUCAUGGGAACUAUCGAUCCCACCUUGGAAGGGAUGAGGCAUGUUGCAGAAGUCCUUCUGAGUGAUCAAUUUAUGGUUUGAUGAUAGUUAUUGUCACUUACAGAUAUCAGAGAAGCCAAGUUAUAAUGUUUUUCACUGAAAAAUUAUUGAACUACCUUUCCCACUAUCCCAAACAAUGUUCUCUACUUCAUAUGUAAAGCAGAACUGUCACUGUUACUGUGCUGUCACCCACAACCGUUCGUGAUGAAACAGCAGUUUCACUAAACCUUUCCUUCCCCCUCUAGUCAAAGGCAUCAUACUAUUUGCAAUGGUGUUCCCAAGAAUACAUCCUUCUUAGCUGGUGUUCUUCUAAACGCCCUUCAGCCCAUGAUGAAAUUCAAGUUCUUCUGAAGAUAUUUGUGAGUUAAUUGGCUGAACAGGCUGAUCCUCAUGUAUAAGGAUUCUAUUUAGUUUAUAGCCCAGCUGCCCAAGAACGUGUCCUUCUGCCCAUGUUCACUGAGCCAAUCUCAGUGAGGACUGAGCCCUCAGGCUGACUACAGCUAAUUCAGCUGUUAAGCAAAGAUCUCCAGAUACCGUGUUUUCAGAGGUGAUGAAAAUGGCUAAGGAUAAACAAGAACCCUUGCUUGUUCCCUCACUGGGAAAAAGGUUACAUGUAGUGUUCAAGCCUUCUUUGGCACUGAAGUGUGAUUAAUACAAAAUAAGGUGGGUUUCAUGAGUUGUGCUGCUCACUGGAAAACAGAUUUAGGUCACUUUCCAGUGUUAAAGUUAACAUAAACCAAAUGAAAAGCAAUAGCAGAGACAGCAUUCUUGAGACACUAUGUUGAGAAAAGCUGGACACUUCCUCCCUUUCAUCUUAAAAGAUUACAGUUGAAGCAGCCCCUCAGUUGGGCAACAGUACAGAUCAAGGUCUGCCACAGCCCCAGAGAACUGCAACACCCAGGUCCCAGCUAAACAUACUAACCACUGAUUUAUAGGUUCUCUCUACACUCUCCUGCCCCAUGGGGCAUUUUGGGAUGGUGAAUUAAACCAGAUCAUCUUUUUCAUCACAAAUAUUUCCCCACUUCUGAAACACUGCCAAAUCAGUACUUAAACAUGCUCUGCAAUACGUGCUGCCUACACAGCUGCUUCCCUGAAGUGCUCAUUUUGUUUUGACUUCCUUUUAUCCGCGCAGGUUCCUGCCAGUGAAUCAGUCUGCUGGCGGAGACGGACCAGAGACCGUGGCAGAAGACAGAAGCAAGGCAGUCAAAGCAGAGCCCCAGGAUGUGGUGCCUCCUCGUACUGCUCUGCUCCCAAGGAAUUGCCUUUUCAGCAGGAUUCACAGCAGCCCCCACUGCAGGUGCUGACACAAACCGCUGCAAGAAGAGUCGCAACCCCGAAUGCUUCAUGAAUGUUAGUGAAAUUAUCAGAUAUCAUGGAUUUCCCAGUGAGGAAUAUGAAGUUACAACAGAGGAUGGAUACAUUCUUGCUGUUUACAGAAUUCCUGCUGGGAGGAAUGACCGAAGUUCAGGGCAAAGGCCUGCAGUGUUCCUACAGCAUGCUUUCCUAGGAGAUGCUACUCACUGGAUUUCCAACCUGCCCAACAACAGCUUGGGCUUUGUGCUCGCAGAUGCCGGCUAUGAUGUCUGGUUGGGAAACAGCAGAGGGAACACCUGGUCUUUAAAACACAAGACCCUUAAACCCUCCCAGAAGGAGUUCUGGCAGUUCAGCUUCAAUGAAAUGGGUAAAUACGAUAUUCCUGCAGAGCUGAACUUCAUCAUGAAUAAAACUGGACAGAAGGAGGUUUACUAUGUUGGUCACUCUGAAGGGUCAACUGUAGGCUUCAUAGCAUUUUAUACAUAUCCUGAGCUGGCUAAACGGGUGAAAAUCUUCUUUGCUCUGGGCCCAGUAACUGUGUGUUCACAUGCUACAAGCCCUCUGGUUAAGAUGACAAAUCUUCCUGAACCACUGCUCAGGUUAUUACUUGGCUGCAAAGGAGCUAUGCACCAGAUCAAAUUUCUGAAAGGACCCGUGACACAGUUCUGUACAAGCCUGGAUAAGUUUUGUGCCCAUGUUCUCUGUUACAUAGCUGGAGGCAGUAUAAAAAAUAUCAACACGAGUCGAAUAGAUACAUAUGUAGGACAUUCCCCAGCUGGAACAUCGGUACAGAACAUUCUUCAUUGGCGACAGCUACUACAUACAGACCAGUUUCAAGCCUAUGACUAUGGCUCUAAGGAAAACAUGAAGAAAUACAACCAGACUGCUCCUCCUGUGUACAAGAUUGAGGAGAUAAAGACACCAACUGCUGUUUGGAGUGGUGGACAGGACACAUUCGCAGAUCCAAAAGACAUGGCAAGGCUACUUCCUCGCAUUACUAAUCUCAUUUACCAUGAGCAUUUUCCUCCUUGGGGACAUCUCGAUUUCAUCUGGGGCCUUGAUGCAACCGAGAAAAUUUAUCUGAAAAUCAUUGAAUUAAUAAGAAAAUAUUAAUGAAACCAUGAGAAGAGUGUUGAUUGUAAAAACCUCCAAAAUUUCUAUUUGGCAAUAAGGGUAUCAGGGGAAGAGGUAAACACACAGGCACACAAAAUGGAUACAUCUAUAGGUAUUUAUUUGUUCUUAUUUAUUUAUUGCUUUCCUCAUAAUUUGAGCUUUUCCAUGGUGUUACUGUUACUGCUGUCUUUCUGAGAAGUCUGAGGUAUUUAAGAAGGAAAGCUGAAAACAUGAAUAUAUUUGAGUACAUACUGCAGGGAUCACUGAAUUUCAACAGUCUUUAUUUUUACAAGACUAAUUUUCCUACACCUGAAUUCAUUGUUGUUCUCAGAUAGAUCUUACCCAAGUGAGGCAUUCUCGUGCCCAAUUUUUUUCUUAUGGAGAUCCAAAAGUGUGAUUUGAUCAUUUCUCUGUUGGAAUGAACAAUUUUGUUUAAAUUAAAUUAUUACAACCCUUGACAGAGAAGCAGUCUUUUAUUUUCCCUCCUCAAAUAACCCUUUAAUGUCAACAGAACCAAGAGAUCUUCUUGAAACAGAAAGAUAAUUCUGAAAGAAAAGAUAAUUCAGAAAGAUCUUCAUGAAACAGAGCAGAUAAUAGAUGACUACAAAACAUCAAGGAAUACAACCUCAAAAAAAAAUCAUAGAAGUAUUCCUUUGCCCUCCAUGCCUACAAAUCACCCAAAUGUUUGUUCACACACCCUGAACACCUCGCAGUUUCAAAGACCACGGAUGGCAGCUGUGGAAUAAGGAGAUGUAGACCCAUCCAGCAAGGUGCACCCCAGGCAAUACAGCUUCCACCCUAUGAAUUAUUCUCCACACUGGCAAUGAAGCUGUUGCAAGCACUCUGAGCUGUCAGCAUUCACUUUUACACAGCUCUGUGUCUGAGCCAUUCUUCAUUCAAGCAGUUCCUAAAACAUGGGAAAGCAGUUGGAUGUUUUCCCUUUCCAGCCCUUUGCCAUAAGAGAUGGUGUACUCAUAAUCCAUGGCAAGUGCCUCCCCUCUUCUCACCUACAAGCUGAUCUGGAGUCUGUCCCCAGAUUGCACAAAAAAUGCUCAUUAUUACAGGUUCCAACGAGAAGCUUUGUUUCAUGGGGUCUUCCUGGCUGCAGCUUCAAGCUCAUCUUGUCCAGCCAAGACCCUUUGUAGCUGGAGUUGACAUCCAAUGCAACAGUUACACUGAAAAAUAUACCUGUCUUUGCAACACAGGAAAAGUGCACUAGCUUGUCUGUGCACCUACUGUGGCACCCAUUAGCAAUGCUGCACUGCAUUUGCAUAAGCUUUUGACAGCUUACAGGAAAAGGCAAAAAAUAUCAACAAAAAUAAAGAUCCAACAGAUCAAGGAGGCACAACACAGCAGUGUAUAAAAUGAGUUUCCCUUCUAUUGCUGCAUUGUUAAAUCACAAAGCACUGGGCCACUUUCAUACAUUGCUUAUCACUGCAGGUUUUCUUCUGCUUUCACCUAUGCAAGAGAAGACUCAUGGAUAUAUUAUUAUUAUGAUUGGUAUUAUCCCCUGCUGCAUGUACCACUCUGUACAGCAUGCUAUCCUGUCUAGUCCCAGGGCAAUGAUACAUCUGGUUUCCAUCAACAGCAUUUCAUUUAUUGACUCGUUUUUUCCCUUCAGUACACUGUUUAUAUUGGAAAAGUAGUCAAGAGACCUGUUUCUCUACUGAGCCAAACACAUUUUCUUUACUAUUUCUUAAUGCAUUAAAGUGGUCUGGAAAUUGACU